UUUACAUUCUAUCUGGCCCAUCCCGGUCCCCGGCGGUGUGCUUGUCCCUAUCUGCUGGUCGGAGUCCAGUCAGUGUCGAUUUUUUGUCUGCUGAUUUGCAUGCACCUUUGAGCCUUUGUUUACUGAUCCUAUUUGUAUUUUUGAUAUGGCUUCAGGAGAUAUGAGCGAACCUAUGGCAAAAAAAUCGAAGAUGGAUGUCUGUGAAGGUAUCUUGUUUGGAAUCGGCAACCCUCUCUUGGACAUCUCAGCCCAUGCCGAUAAGGACUUUCUAGAUAAGUAUGGCUUGGAUGCAAAUACGGCCAUCUUGGCUGAAGAGAAGCACAUGCCAAUGUACGAGGAGAUGAUCAAGCGAUUCAGUGUGGAGUACAUACCAGGUGGAGCUACCCAAAACUCCUUUAGAAUUGCUCAGUGGAUUCUGGAUCAGCCGGAGAGAACAACUUUUUGUGGCUGUAUUGGUGACGAUGAGUACGCCGUGAACAUGAGGAAGAAGAUGGCCGAAGCCAAAGUGCGCACCUCAUAUCUGGUGGAUCGGGAGCAUCCCACCGGCACAUGUGCUGCUGUCAUCACUGGAAAGAACAGGUCGCUGGUGGCAAAUCUAGCAGCCGCCAACCACUACAAGAAGGACCAUCUCCUCCAACCUGAAAACUGGAAGCUGGUUGAAAAGGCAGAAUUUUACUACGCAACUGGAUUUCAUUUGACGGUGUCGCCAGGUGCAAUGCUGGCAUUGGCAGAGCACGCCUUGGAGCACAACAAAGUCUUUAUGACAAACCUGUCCGCUCCCUUCAUCUGUCAGUUCUUCAAGGAACCCCAGAUGCAGGUCAUGCCCUAUGUGGAUUACCUCUUUGGCAAUGAAACUGAAUUUGCAAGUUUUGCAAGGGAACAGGAUUUUGGGACAGAGGACCUUGAAGAAGUGGCUCUCAAAGCAGCAGCUCUAGAAAAGAAGAACACGAAGCGGUCGCGCAUCGUCGUCAUCACCCAGGGAUGUAACGACACGAUAGUGGCACAGGAUGGCAAGAUCACAAAAUUUCCAGUGAAGCUGCUGAAAGAGGAGGAGAUUGUGGACACCAACGGAGCAGGGGACGCCUUUGUUGGAGGUUUCCUGGCCCAGCUGGUGCAGGGGAAAGAUGUGGCUGAGUGCAUACGAUGUGCUAACUAUGCUGCCAACUAUAUCAUUCAGCGUUCCGGCAUCUCAUUCGGUGGCAAGUCAGACUACCAGUGAUUCUAGAAGAUCCCAACCUUUUGUAAUGUCGAUGAGGAAAUUUGGGUGGAUUUGUUUCUUCUUUUUUUUUUAAUUUGUGAUUUUUUAUUUCCGAGCUAAAUUUCUUUUCCGUGUUCGGGAAAUGUGGAUUGAGAAUGUCCAUUCAACUGGCAAAUUUUAUGGGAACUUGCAUUUAGAAAUGUAUUUUUAAGAAGCUUUAACAUUAGUUCAAAAGGUGUUUUUCAGGCUGCAUCGCAAUCUGUUGCCUAGAGCUAGGUCUAGGUCUUCCCUCCAUUGGAAAUGCGUGGAGACGCGUAGACAGUAGACGUAGCCGUAGCUCUGGAAGCCUCUUUUCAGACACAGCCUAAGAAUCUGUGAAUCCACAACAAUGUCCCUCACAUCGCAGCCAGUUUGGUUUGAAACAGAAAAGGACACUGUCGUACUGCUUUUUUACAUGAUGGAGAAGAUAUCUACUGCAGUGGAUAUGCGGGGUUGUGAUCUCCGAGGAUUGUUCCGUAGUUCAGGAUUGUUGACCCUAAAAUUGUGGGUAUUUGGAAGUUUGACCAGCCAUGGUUUGGUACCUGUUUGCACUUUGAACAGAAAAACCAAGGGCGAGAUCCCAAUAACCGUAGCCGUUUGGAAGAGAGCUCAUGCCUUGGUAACUAUCGAGAGCCUGAAAAAGUCAGGAUUUUAUUUUUAUCGCUACAAAAUUGUGUUUUUUUCUUUAGUACCCUAGUCCCACAACUACACAUCAUAGAUACGAGAAACUGCUCAGUAAAGAGGUUUUUCACGUGAUGUAACAUGACGGCCGAAGGCAUUUCAGGAAGCGUACCGUGUCUGUGGAUUUUUGAAUCUGCGCAUUUCUUUUGGCAGUUUCAUGUGCGCCAGAAGGUUGAGACGCGCACAUCCAUGUAAAUUGAAUGCUGAUCGUCAAAAAUCAUGUGUCUUAAAAUCCUCUUUAGUGGGCCAUUAAUGGAGCGAUCAGUAGGCCUCAAUGCAUCAUGCUUUCUGUACAUGUGCACUCUCCUAUGGAGUUAAGGAAGGACCAAAGCCCACUGAUGAGCACCGUAGGAAAGCGCAGCAUGGAGUGUUGCAUCAUCAUUACAGAGGUCUAUAAUAUGUAUUGAAAAACAAUACAAACAAAAGCAUGUGGUGCUUUCUGAAAAAAGUCUGAUGAUUAUAUCAGACUCAUUACAUUAGACUUUUUAAUUCAGGAGUAGGGCACCACUCUGAUGUCACUUCCUCCAUUUUGACCAACUUGGAGCAUAAAUGGAUUUCAGCCAGCACUGCCAACCGUUUUAGAAUGUUCCGUGACAAAUGUUAGCUUCUCUUGUUACCAGCUCAGUGUUCAGAGAGCUUGGCUCAUCAACAGCUUGGCUUGGUCACUGACGUGUGUCUGAAGUCAAACAAGAAAGCACUUUGGGAGAUCAGAUACAGGAACAGAAAAAUCCAUUUGUCACACCUUCUGAGAAAAAUCAGCUUGAAAAAAAAACAAGAAAACAGGGUCCCUUACUUUGGCAAAAGUGCACUCUGCCUGUUUCAUUGAGUCUUGUGCACAUUUUGAAAUUUUGAUUUAAAAUUUUUUUAAAGUAUCCAGAUAGAUGGCUUUUCGGGGGGGGGGUUGUUAAAUUUCUGAUUUUCCCCCUUUGGCCUCAGACCUCUUCAUUAAUAUUUGGAUUUUUUCCAUCAGUAAGGAUACAUACAUAUAUUGCUCGAAAUGUCAAAGGUCAAGACACCUUUACUUAUUCUCAUUAGCAUAAAGGAAUGCAGAGAGCUACUUGUGCAUUGGUAUUUAGUGGAGAAUUUUUAAAUUUUACACGAAGCAUUAAAACCUGUAGAAGGCAUCAUCGUACUGAAAAAAAUGUCUGAUCGGUGGGAAGGCAGGAUCUGUGAAUCCAAUUCUGUAAAUGCCAGUGGUUAUGUUUUUUAUUUGUCUUACAAUUUGAAUUUCACCAGAAGUGCAGCUUUGUAACCAGAUAUCUCUGUUGUGGCUUUUAGGCAUUGGCAAGCAGGUUGUUCUGUCAUAUGUAGCAAACUAAAAGUAUUAGUUUUUGCAAACCGACGAGGCUUUGAUUUAUCAUUUGAUGGGAGAGUCGGCACUCCUGCCGUUAAAUGGAGUAAUGUUCUUGAAUUCCCCUUUGCAACGCACACCAGUCAGGAUAUUGCCAUUUUGGUGAAUCCAAGGAUAAUUGUGACACCCGACUGUUCUCAGUUUUUAAUUGGGCUUAUUUUGCCUUUGUAAAUGGGCGAAUAUUUUCUGGCAGUUGAUCAGCCAAAUAACAUGCUGCUGUACACUUUCAUUGUGAAAUUGUCAGUAUUGAUCACAUAAAACCAUUUAUUUCUCCUGUGUCGUCAUUUGACUUUUCAAUGGAAGUUGCAAAAGAAUGAAAAAGUAGCUGAAGCUGGCAGAAAGUACAUGUACCUGAAGUAGUCCUUACUCAAGACAAGUAUCGCAUCCCUCAUUAUGUAACUGGGGCUGUUGUACUUUCCAGUCCUGUUUGACAUCUAAUUGUUCAGGGCCUAAAUUCACAGCACUGCUUAGCACACAAUUUCACGCUAACAGAGGCCGUGUAUAGUUCAUGGAAACCAUAAGCAAUAAGCACAGCCAACGGCAUGUUAACCGGAGAGGAAAGAUUUGCUCAAACUUAGCGGCAUAACGAUAGAAAUCUCUAUGCUUUAGCACAACCGUGGCAAUCACUGCCAUGAAAUAAUGCUUAAAGGUUAGUAGAUUUUUCUGCUCAAGUUAGCAUGGCUUUUCUGCCAACUGUUAAGUAGCUCCGCGAAAUUAGGCCCAGGCAAUUAUUGGGACUUCAGAGAGCAAACAAUGUGGAUGAUACAGGGCUUGUUUCACACGGAUUUGGACCUUGAUCAGUGGCUCCAAGACUGGUUUGCUCCAUCCAUUACGCUGGUUCUGGUGUUAGUGAACCAACUAUCACUAACCAUCACUAAUUGCAAUCCGGAUCUGUGCGAAAUGAAUAGGUCAGUAAUACACAAAUGUCAGGCUCGUUAAAGCCUAGAGGAACUAGGAUGGAAGUGUCUCCAAUGGUACACUUGACAUGCUUCAUGAAUUAAUACUUGUACACAGUGAAGACCAUAAUUUCUAUGUGAUUUCGGAAUUAUAUGAAUAAAUGGAGCUUUUCAGUUGAAA